ACAGCAUUGUGAUUGUUCCUCUGGAAUGAACUUCAGAGAGUUGACUCUCAAUUGAGCACGUCACUCUACUAACUCAAGGGCGAGAUGAUAAGGUUCUAUCAGACCAACUGUUGAACAGAACCUGAGCCUCCCAAGGUCAUCCUUGUUUUGACUUGUAACCACAAAUUUGUCUUGUCUAAGUGUCCAAUCACUAUAAAACAAAAUGCCCAUCUCUCCAAUCCAGCACCCUUCCAAGUGACAGGAGCCACAGCCAAACCGCUGGGUUACGUUCUAACUCCACCACUGCUUUCUUCCCAUAGAACUUUACUUUUUUUUUUUUCUUCUGAGGCCAAAUAGCGCAAGAUGUUCUUGGAAAUGCUGAACCCCAUGCAGUAUAAUGUCACCAUCAUGGUCCCGGAAACUGUGACUGUCAGUGCCAUGCCACUCCUGCUGAUCAUGGGCCUCCUUCUCCUGAUUUGGAAUUGUGAGAGCUCGUCUUCAAUACCAGGUCCUGGCUACUGUCUGGGAAUUGGGCCCCUCAUUUCCCAUGGCAGAUUCUUGUGGAUGGGGAUUGGAAGUGCCUGCAACUACUACAAUAAGAUGUAUGGAGAGUUCAUGAGAGUCUGGAUCAGUGGAGAGGAGACACUCAUUAUCAGCAAGUCCUCAAGCAUGUUCCAUGUCAUGAAGCACAGUCACUACAUCUCCCGAUUCGGCAGCAAGCGUGGGCUGCAGUGCAUCGGCAUGCAUGAGAACGGCAUCAUAUUUAACAACAACCCGAGCCUUUGGAGAACAAUUCGCCCUUUCUUUAUGAAAGCUCUGACGGGCCCUGGUCUUGUUCGAAUGGUGGAAGUUUGUGUGGAGUCCAUCAAGCAGCAUUUGGACCGGCUGGGCGAAGUCACCGACACCUCGGGCUACGUGGAUGUGUUGACCCUCAUGAGACACAUCAUGCUGGACACCUCUAACAUGCUCUUCCUGGGGAUCCCCCUGGACGAAAGUGCUAUUGUGAAGAAAAUCCAGGGUUACUUUAACGCCUGGCAAGCUCUCCUCAUCAAACCAAACAUCUUCUUUAAGAUUUCUUGGCUCUACAGAAAGUAUGAACGAUCCGUCAAGGACUUGAAAGACGAGAUAGCUGUUUUGGUGGAAAAGAAGAGACACAAAGUUUCCACAGCUGAGAAACUGGAAGACUGUAUGGAUUUUGCAACUGAUUUGAUUUUCGCUGAGAGACGUGGAGACCUGACGAAAGAGAACGUGAAUCAGUGCAUACUGGAGAUGCUGAUUGCAGCCCCUGACACCAUGUCGGUCACUCUGUACUUCAUGUUACUUCUCGUCGCAGAGUAUCCAGAGGUCGAAGCAGCAAUCCUGAAGGAGAUCCACACUGUUGUGGGUGACAGAGACAUAAAGAUCGAGGAUAUCCAAAAUUUAAAAGUGGUGGAAAACUUCAUUAAUGAAAGCAUGCGGUACCAGCCUGUUGUGGACUUGGUCAUGCGCAGAGCUCUGGAGGAUGACGUAAUUGACGGCUACCCGGUUAAAAAGGGAACUAACAUCAUUCUGAACAUCGGAAGAAUGCACAGGCUCGAGUACUUCCCUAAGCCCAAUGAAUUUACCCUUGAAAACUUUGAGAAGAAUGUUCCCUACAGGUACUUUCAGCCUUUUGGCUUUGGGCCCCGCGGCUGUGCUGGGAAGUACAUCGCCAUGGUGAUGAUGAAAGUUGUCUUGGUUACACUUUUGAGACGAUUCCAGGUGAAGACACUGCAAAAAAGGUGUAUUGAAAACAUACCGAAAAAGAAUGACCUGUCCUUGCACCCAAAUGAGGACAGGCACCUUGUGGAAAUAAUUUUCUCUCCAAGGAAUUCAGACAAGUACCUCCAACAGUGAAGAAGUGUGGCCUAUCUACUCUGGGGCAUUACUUAUCCGUAAUUACAUGGAAACCAUCCAUUUUAUCGAGUAGGUGGCGUGAACCUCACCAUGAACAUUUGAUGGUCUGUAGAAUUUUAUGAUCAUAGCUCCUAUGGUUUGUCAUCAAGCUGGGCAUCCAUCCAGGGAGCCAGGAUGCAAAAGAAAGGAGUCUGUGUUGGGGACCAGUGAAGAAACUGAAGCCUUAAAGGACCAAUCCUACAAUAUAUACCUUGGGAAAGACAGACCAUCAGUAAAACACGUCUGGUCUCCUGCUAGAGUUCUACAGCUGUUGUCAGCACAUCGAAAUGACUCUGGCAGAAGUACUUAAGUUAUUAGAAAGGCCAGGUCAACAUCCCAGCAUGUGGGCCAGGCAUAAAUGAACAACAGGACUUUCAUAUGUGUGUGUGUGUGUGUGUGUGUGUGUGUGCGCGCGCGCGUGCGCGCCCACAAGCAUGUGCCAUGUACGUAUGCAAGUCUGUGUGUGUACUUGUGCAUGCAUGAAUACAUAGUGUGUGUGUGUGUGUGUGUGUGUGUGUGUGUGUGUGGUAGACUCUUUCUACAUUAAACCCAGUUGCUUACGGUGGAUCCACAUGUAAACUGUUUGGGGGCAAAAGUGAAAUAUAGGGUGUCGUUUCUUACUCUCAAUUUGUGCUCCCAGGAGUGUAGUUAGACUGUAGUAGGUAUAGAUUCAGGUAAAACAUGCCUAAGUAGUAUUAGCCUGAGUAAAAUAUAGCUAGGACUCUAUGUGUGGUGUAGGGGGAAAAAUCACAUGGUGCAUUUCAAAUAAAGAAGUCUUUUU